CAGCCCUUGUUUAUCUAUCCUCCAUCAUCGUGAAGCCGCCAACCCUAGUUUCCUCUUGCUUGAAAUUCUCUAAAUUCUAAUGAAGGGAAGUGAUUCGAAGAAGACGAAGACGGAGAUGGAGAUUAUACCAAAGGUCACGGGCGAAAGAUUAGAACAAUGCUAUUGUAUUGUUCCGAGUGCAAACAGACUUGCGCUCCUACAUUCCUUCUUGAAGAGGAAUAUGUCGAAGAAAGUGAUGGUUUUCUUCUCUGCCUGCAACUCUGUUAAAUUCCAUUCCGAUCUUCUCAGACUUGUGAAUGUGGAAUGUAGCAACAUACAUGGGAAACAAAGUCAGCAGGAACAAACUUCCACCUUUUUUGACUUCUGCGAAGCUGAGAAGGGAAUCUUGCUAUGUUCAGAUGUUGCUGCUCGUGAUCUUAUCAUUCCUCCUGUUGACUGGAUUAUUCAGUAUGAUCCUCCAUCUGAACCAAAGGAGUAUAUUGAUAGAGUACUAGGUAAACCGGCUGGUGGGGAAGGAGCAAAAGGAAAUGCUUUGAUUUUCUUGAUUCCUCAAGAAAUCAAGUUCCUGCAGUUCUUAGAGGAUUUCAAAGUGAAGGUGAAGGAGUUUGAAUACAAUGAAAAAAAGAUUGCAACCUCGAAACCACUCAUGGAAAAAUUGGUGAUGAACAACUAUCAUAUGAAUACGGCAGCUAAGGAUGCAUACAGAACUUAUAUUAUAGGUUACAUUUCACAUCCCAUGAAAGUUGUCUUCAAUGUCCACCGCCUCGAUCUACAGGCUGUAGCUGCAUCAUUCUGCUUUUCAAAUCCUCCAAAGAUAAAUCUAAAGCCAGACAACAAUGCACCAUCGAAGUCGAGGAAGACAACUCGAAAUGGAAGCCUUGCCCGAUUCAGCCCAUAUAAAAUACAAAGAUAAGAUAAUUCAUGUUCCCGUAUUUCGAUUAUUUGAAUUUGAAAUUCAGUUCAGACAAUUGUACAACAAUGUUUUGGUCAUGAAUUAUGGAAAAUUUUGAUUCAAUCUAGUAAGCCACAGUUAGAAACUA